AUGAUUUUUAACCGGCUCUCGGACGGCCCGGCUACGGUCCUCUCUCCUCCCCGGGAACACGCCUUCGCUCAGUUCUCCUCUCAGUCCCCUUUCCUCGAAUCCCCAGGAAGCUUGAAUGGCUGUUCGACAAGCUCUAAGACCUUACUUCCCAACAAUCGCUCUGUGCAAUCUAUCCCCUCGAGCUUCAAUCUCUCAUCUGCCCCUGCGGUUCCCAAGCCCUCCCGCAAAAGGUCCCGUGAUGAGGCCACUUUUGAAGGAGCCAUUGCUCCCAGCGCGCCUUUACGACUCCAGGUGCCGCCAGCACGCAAGGUUCAACCCAUCUAUGGAGAAGGUAUGGUCCUUUUGAAUCCACAGACUGGCCUUGCGAUCUCUGCCGAGAGCCAGACCGGCACAUGGUAUGAACAAGAGUCUGAGGCGCAACAGGCUGCUGCUGCACCUGUUUUCUCGGAGUCAAAUGCGCUGCUCUCCGAUGCUACCGAAGUAAGCCGCAAGUCCCAGCGCCUUGAUAAAUCCGCACCAGGCCUGGACGAUAUUGCGUUGUCCUCGAUCCGUCAACGUCUUGAGGAUCCUAGCUCCAACGAUCAGCAUCGCACCCUCAAUGCGGGCCCUGCUACGCCCUCUGAGCCUCUAGUAGACGAUGCCACUCGCCUCUUGGGUAUUGGCUGGCAGCGCGUCAACGCCGACGAUGACAUGGCUCCUGCUGUUCGUGGCUGGACCAAGUAUAUCGACAACCAAUACUCGGCCCACCUACACGACUCCCAGAUGCUCAUGAAAAGCCGCGCUCUAAACGCCUAUCUUGUGGCCGCCAUUCCAACAUCUGGAUCCUCACCUGCGUUUUAUCUCUUCAGCGAAGACCUCACCCAAGGCCAGCUCGUUGCCUCCUCCUGGGAAGCCUGCCUUCAAAACCUCCGUAGCUCCCUCAUCAUAUUCGAGGGCGUUGCUCCUCUGGGAGCCAGUGACCGACCUAACGCACAACACAUCUCCUUCAACUCCAUGGACACUGGUGUGCCACUUCUCCAACAAGCCCUGUCCAACAACCCGCAAGCAUCAAGCCUCGGCGAAAUGAGCGGAGGCGCGUCAAUGGGGAUGGAGAUCGAUUCGUAA